UUCAAACUCCUAAGACAAGUCAAGUCAAUAAAAUCUGAGCCUCGAAAACAAGAGACUGAAAUUGGCUUCUCUUGCGGACAGAACAGAUUAACGUUCACAUAGACAUGAAGUCUUAUUGCUUCUUAUGUUUCCACUCCGCAUGUUUUCUUCUCCUCGCUUCCAUCGCAUGUUGCCUUUCACACCCUUCUCUUCUCGGCGUUCACCCUUUAGAUGAGAAAUAUUACAGCUCUGAAGUCAUCAAGUGCAAGGAUGGAUCAAAAUCCUUCUUAAGAGACCGUCUCAAUGACAAUUUCUGUGACUGCCCUGAUGGCACUGAUGAACCUGGAACUUCAGCUUGCCCGGCAGGAAAGUUUUAUUGCAGAAACCUAGGGAGCAAGCCACAGUUUAUAGUUUCUUCUCAUGUUAAUGAUCAUUUUUGUGAUUGUUGUGAUGGGAGCGAUGAAUAUGAUGGAAUCAUUCAUUGCCCCAACACAUGUGUCAUGGGUGGGAAUGUUGAGUACAUUAUUGGCAAUUACAAUUCAAAAGUAAGUGAUCUGAGUUUUAUUGCUGAAAAAGAGGCCAAUAAUGGAGUGAAAUCAGAGGAAUCAGUUCAUAGUUUUACUGGUUUGAAGUUGGCAAUUAUUCUACAAGUGGUUCUGGUUAUUUUUCUGGUGUUUAUCUGGAGUUUCCGUUGCCACAAAAGAUCUAGAAGGAGGCGUUACCAUUAAAUUGAAAGAACCUUGCUGUUUUACCUGAUAUUUAACUGUGGAAAGAUGGGCAAAACACCAUAUCUUGCGGGGUGUACAACUUUAACAUAUAAAGACUUUUUUCCAAAUAUACUUUUCAAUUUGAUUGGUGAUCCCCAUAUUGUUGAGCCUCUAGGAUUAAGUUGAAGAGUGUAGAUAAAUAUUCUUUUUCUGUAAUAUCAUGCUUCCCUUUUACCACGGUAACUAUUUAUGGUUGCUGUUGAAAAUAUUGUAAAUAUGUUGAUUUCUGUAAUAUCAUGCU